GAUGUCCUGUUGCACUAGUUUGAUUCCUUUUUGUACUAUUUGCCAAUUCUGUGUAAAAUAUUUUGCUUUGUUUCAGACUUGACAGAGAGUUGGGUACCAACACCACAUAACUCAAUUUUAUAAUGAAAACAAUUAUCUUUGCUUCAUUUAGGUUCAGUUCAUCUUUAUCAGCUGCACAAAGCAGGAGAAGAAUUGUCUUUGCUUUCUGCUUUCUACUACCACUUUCCCUCUCCAACCAAACCCCAGUUACUCACUUUUGGUCCUCUUACACCCUAUUUGUCUCCCAUACUCUAAUGUAAUGUGACACAUUCUAUGCUCCUAUCUAUCUGCUCCUUCAAAUGUUCUUCUACUAAUGCUUAAGCAGGUUGAAGAUUUGGUGAACCGAACAAACAAGCUGCAGUUGGUAACCUCAUCCUUUUUCUUCUUUGUCCUUUGCCUUUCCAUCAGAGCUCUUUUUCUACACCAUGAACUUGUAGUUGCCAACAUGCUGUGCUGUGAUCAUCUCAGGGAAGAAUCAUGAGCCAUAACUCCCAGAAUCUCCAUUUUUGGUGGAGGGUUUCAUCUUUUCUUCUUCUCCUGCUUCAAUCUGUUGCUCUCAACUCUGAUGGGGUGCUAUUGCUGAAAUUCAAGUACUCCAUUCUUAGUGACCCAUUAUCAGUUUUAGAGAGCUGGAACUACGAUGAUGCAACUCCAUGUUCCUGGAAUGGAGUUACAUGCACUGAAAUUCCAACCCCUGGUUCCCCUGAUUUGUUCAGAGUGACAAGCUUGGUUCUAUCAAAAAACCAGCUUCUUGGUUCCAUUGCUGAAGAACUAGGCAUGAUUCAACACCUUCGUCAUCUCGAUCUCUCCAACAAUCUCCUCAACGGGUCCUUACCCAACUCCAUCUUCAACUCUUCUCAGCUUCAAGUGCUCUCUCUCUCAAACAAUGUCAUCUCAGGAAAGCUACCUGAGCUGGUUGGUAAAUUGACAAGCCUUCAAGUUCUCAACCUUUCUGACAAUGCCUUUGCAGGGUUGAUCCCAGAAAAUCUCACUGCUCUACAGAACCUAACUGUUGUUUCUCUGAAGAGUAACUAUUUCUCUGGUGGAGUCCCAACCGGGUUCAAAUCUGUGGAGAUUUUGGAUCUCUCCUCCAACUUGCUCAAUGAUUCUCUGCCAACUGUGUUUGGUGGUGAAACUUUGAGAUACUUGAAUCUCUCUUACAACAAGAUUUCAGGAACAAUUCCUCCAGCAUUUGCAAAACAGAUUCCAGUGAACUCAACAAUUGACCUCUCAUUCAACAAUCUAACAGGACCAAUACCAGAAUCUCUGGCUUUGCUCAACCAGAAAACUGAGCUGCUAUCAGGGAAUGCUGAUCUAUGUGGGAAGCCUUUGAAGAUUCUUUGCUCUAUUCCCUCUACUAUGUCCACUCCUCCACCUAAUAUCACAAACACAUCUUCACCAGCAAUUGCAGCCAUACCCAAAAUUGACACAGACCCAUCAUCAAACUCCUCAGGUGCUCCUCCAAGUGGUUCUUCUCAGAGUGGCCUAAAACCUUCUACCAUAGCAGCCAUUGUUGUAGGAGAUUUGGCUGGCCUUGCAGUAUUAGCUCUCAUCAUUCUUUUCGUCUACCAACAAAGAAGCAAAAGAAAUCCAAACCCAGCCACUUGUGCUACUUCUACAAACUCAGAAAAGAAAGUGGAAACCAUUGCAAAACAAGACCCAAAUGUGAGAACACCCUUCAAUCCAUGUUACUGCUUAACAACCAAAGAAGAGGAGACAUCAGAAGCAACCACCUCCGACAGCGACCAUGAAAACCCCACCGUGGUGGUGUCCACGGCCGCACAAAACGGCAACAUUCAGAGAGAAGCCACGCUAGUAACUGUAGACGGCGAGACGAAGCUGGAGCUGGACACGUUGCUGAAGGCUUCAGCGUACAUUCUCGGAACCAGCCGUGCCAGCAUCGUGUAUAGAGCAGUGCUUCAAGAUGGGAGAGCCUUUGCUGUGAGAAGAAUUGGUGAGUGCGGCAUUGAGAGGAAGAAGGACUUUGAGAAUCAAGUAAGAGCCAUUGCAAAGCUUCGCCACCCGAAUUUGGUCAAAGUUCGUGGCUUCUCUUGGGGGGAAGAUGAAAAGCUUGUAAUAUGUGACUAUGUUCCCCAUGGAAGCCUCGCUAGCAUUCUUUACAGAAGAGCUGGUUCAUCUCCUCUGAACUUAUCCUUUGAGGCACGAUUGAAGAUAGCAAAGGGGGUUGCAAGAGGCUUGAACUUUAUUCAUGAGAAGAAGCAUGUCCAUGGCAAUGUGAAACCGAGCAACAUUCUGUUAAACUCAGAGAUGGAACCCAUCAUAAGCGAUUUUGGGGUGGACCGGCUCCUCUUGAGAUCAAACGGUUCGGCCAGGCAGUUAAUGGGGGUGAACCAGAGAACCGGACAAGAUAACAACAUGCUUCAGCUUCCUAAUGGUUCUAGCCCCUAUGCAACAAUGGGACCAUCUUCUAGUAGUGGUGGCCAACAAGUGGUUUAUCAAGCGCCAGAGUCACUUCAGAACAUCAAGCCAAGCCCCAAGUGGGAUGUGUAUUCAUUUGGCAUUGUCUUGUUAGAGCUUCUCAGUGGGAGGGGUUUCUCAGACCGGGAGCUGGACCAAUGGCCUCACCCCGGUUCGGUUGAAGAGGAGAAGAACCGGGUCUUGAGGAUGGCUGACGUGGGCAUCAAGGUAGAGAUGGAAGGCAGAGAAAGUGUAAUAUUGGCCUGCUUCAAUUUGGGGCUAAGUUGUGCUUCUGUUGUCCCACAAAAGAGACCCUCAAUGAAAGAAGCUCUACAAGUCUUAGAGAAGAUUAAUUCUUCAUAAGCGUGUUUGGUUAUGCGGUUAGUGAAAAGCUACAAAGUGUAGUUUGUGGAGCUAUCGUGGUUUGAGUUGUGCAAAAGAACCAAUCCAUACAUGUUAAAUGAUGUUGUAGUUUGGAUAUCAAGUUUGUUUAAUUACUUUUUUUUCCAUCUUUUGUUGACUUGUAUUAGCAUGAACAAGGGGAAAAGAUUAGAGACAAGUAUUUGUUUAUUCAAGAUAUAGCAAUGAUUGUAACAUUGGCAAGUGAAUCCAAUCCUGGUCUCUAUAAUGUGCUUUUGGUUGACCAUGGGCAUGGGGCGUGGUAGGUGUUGGUGACUAUAAACUAUGAAUUAAGCUUUGUUUAAUAGUA